UUCCUUUCUAGUUUAUUUCUUAAAGCGGACAAAAUGGUUCAACGUUUGACUUUGAGAAGACGUCUGUCUUACAACACCAAAUCCAACAGGAGGCGUAUUGUGCGCACACCUGGCGGUCGCCUUGUGUACCAAUAUGUAAAGAAGAACAAGACCGUCCCAAAGUGCGGUCAAUGUAAAGAGAAGCUAAAGGGUAUUCGUCCCACACGCCCAUGCGAACGUUCCCGCCUGUCGAAACGUCAAAAGACCGUUGCCCGUACCUAUGGUGGUGUUUUGUGCCACAGCUGUCUGCGUGAACGCAUCGUUCGUGCCUUCCUUAUUGAGGAGCAAAAGAUCGUAAAGGCGCUGAAGAGCCAACGUGAACUGUUGGUGAAACCAGUUAAACCCGUUGCUGAGAAGAAACCCGCCAAGGCGCAAGCCAGCAAAUCUGCGGGAGGCAAGUCGGCAGCCAAGAAACCCGCCCAGAAAUCCACUGGCAAAUCCAAGAAGUAAACAAUUAAAAUUGGACUAACAUUGGACGGGGGUGUUUCUAUUUUAAAAAAAGAUGGAGAAGAAUGUGUAAAAAUUGAAGUUGUACGUUAUAACGUAUAAUGGAUGAGAAAAAAUAAAAGCGCUGUUCUUUUUUAAAA